AUGACCUCCAAGAUGGCAACCGUUCAAAAGAACAAGGAAGGAUUCACUCCAAGACAAGUCAAGGCUGCGAUGGAAGCAAGAAGUGCAAUGCACAUACUCAAUGCUCCAAGCACCAAAAGUCUGAAGUAUGCGAUCCGAUCUGGUCUCAUCAAGAACUGUCCUAUCACCGAAGAAGCGAUUAAUCAUGCCAAAGUAAUCUUUGGACCUGACGCCUCUACAUUGAAAGGCAAGUCAACAAGACCAACUCCAAAGAAGAUGUACGGCGACUUCUUCAGUCCACCAGAGGAAUUAUAUCAGCACAAUUGA